AUGUUGAGCUCUGAAACGGCGUUCGGCGCAAGCGUGCCACACCGGUUCUGCAGCCCGGGCCUCUACCUGUGGCACGACCAGCUCAACACGUGGGGAGAGCUGCACGAGCUCAACACGGCCAACCACGGCAUCAUCGUGGUCGAACCGUCGGACCUCGCUGUCGACGAGUGCGGCGUGUGCGGCGGCGACAACUCGACGUGCAGCGAUCGCCUGGGCGUGCCGCAUGGCGCUGCCCUAUUGGACGCGUGCGCCGUGUACUCCGAUCCAACCGGCCAUCGACUCCUGCCAUCCCCAUCCACCCACCUCACGCGGAUUGUGAACCUGAAACGCACGCCAACAUGA